UCACACACUUAGGGAGUGGCCGGCAGUAAAACAGCCCUAUCCUAUGGACUGUGCCGCGGGUUCUCUAAAUUAACCCAAUACAGCCCGGCCUCUCUGUGCGAAACAAAAACCCUCUCUUACUUUCACUUUCAAUUCCAGCUGCCGAGGGACGAGACUACCUUGGGGGCCACUACUUAGGGGGACAUGGGGAAGACGGUGCGAGACGUCCUGGUCCAGGCUCUGGAGAACCUGGAAAAAAAAUCAUUUAAGAAGUUCAAGAACAAGUUAAAUGACUGGGAAAUCAAGGAAGGGUUCAGCAGGAUCCCCAAAGGUAAGCUGGAGGAAGCCGACCCCGAGGACGUGGCUGAUCUGAUCAGAAGAUACUACAAGGAUUUCUAUGGGAUUGAGGUCACCCUGGCUGUUCUAGAAGCCAUAGAAGAGAAGACGGAGGCUGAGGAGCUCAGGAACGGCGUAAAGACCGUGAAUGGCGGGGCCGUCCAGGAGCCCAGCUCGGGGGCAGAUCAGGGAGCCACGUCCAGAGGUGAGCAGAGGCCUGAAGGCUCCUUAGAAGGUCUCCCGAAUCCUCAGUAUAAUCCAAUAGACACGAAGCAUUUUGUGGAUCGGCAUCGCGCUGCACUGAUAUCACGGGUGGUUCUGGUGGCUCCGAUCAUAGAUGACCUCUAUGGACGACUACUAACACCUGAAGCCUAUGAGACCGUGCGCAGCAAGGCGACCUCUUCGGAGCAGAUGCGGGAGCUCUUCCGUAAUGUGGAAUCCUGGGGAAACGAAGACAAGGAUCAGUUCCUGAAAUCUCUGAGAAAACAUAACUCUCCGCUCAUCAGGGAUCUUGAAGCAAAGAAAUACUACAACCCCAGCAUAAGACAGCUGCUGCCCUGUGUGUGUGGAGGAUCGCCCGGCGGACAUGGCAGAAGCUACUUGCAGACCACGGGAUUACAACGUCCAGGAGCAGCAGCAGCAGGUCCUGGAUGUCCUUGCCGAGUACAAGAUGGGGAGCAUUUUGUGGACAGACAUCGAGCUGAGCUGAUAAGACGGGUGAAGCUGGUGGAUCCGAUCCUGGAUGAUCUCCAUCAGCAUAAGCUGCUGACAACCGAGGCCUAUGACACCGUGCGCAGCAAGGCGACCUCUCAGAGGCAGAUGCGGGAGCUCUUCCGUCACGUGGAAUCCUGGUGGAAUAAAGACAAGGAUCAGCUCCUGGAAUCUCUGAGAAAAAAUAACCAACCGUUCAUCAGGAAUCUGGAAUAGGAUUGUGAUUAGAGAGCUAGCUCCUCUGGUCAGUGCUUCAAGGCAGCGGUUAUAAUAAACGGGUAUGUCGGCGCUCACGGCUGUCUUGGUGUUUGUGUAUAUCGAA